UAUGCAAAUAAAUUGAUGUCUCUUAUGAGUAUGGAGAUCUGAUAGGUGAACAGUAUUCUAGAAAUCUUACAAACAUGAUGCAAUCAUUCAAAAGAUUAUAUUUUUAAAACAUUAAGUCAAGUUGGUAAGCAGAAAUGGGUCGGAGACGAGUCUUCUCUUUAGAUAUACAGGUGUCCAUUUCCUUUGACUUAGUCACUAUGAUGACAAAACUACAGACAAUCCCUUCAACGGCAUCAUUAGACAAAACAACAUAGGUUAUCUUUUUUCUCAAGGUUGAGACACACACUCACUGGGACUCGGGCUUUAUCCUGAUGUAUGUUUGCUCUCCAGGAGUCAGGCUAAAUGAGAAAGCACUGUUAACUGCAUUCCUGACAUGGGCCAGACCCCGUCACACCUCAGAGGUCAAAUACACAAAUGACCUGUAACAUUCAUAAUUAUAACCGGAAUAAAUGCACAUUACUAAAACACUUUGAUUACAUUUUGAUUAUAACAAUUGCUAGUAAAUGUAUUCAACUCAUCAGUAAGCUGAAGAGACAUGUAAAUCCACCACUUCACAUUCUGGACAUUUAUCAAACCUGAUUUAACAGAUUGGUACAUGAUGCAUUUGAUGUAUCAGAUUAGUGCGACAAUAGUAUGAUCUCAACAAAUUUCUAUGUUUGUCACCGAUGAUGCUAGCAUGAAAUGUAUUGUAGGUUGAGAAAAUUUAAUUUUCUAAGUUUUAACUAUUCAAUUACCAAAAGUAUAUCAUUAACCUAUCCUGUUUUUUGCUUGCAACCAUGUGACAAAAAUGUAACAUUCCUUAGAAAUAUUACACCUCGGAGGUAAAUAAAAUGUGACCAUUUAAUUUGUAUGCAACUUACAGGGUUGAAUCCAUGUGUCAAGAUUAACCAUUCAACCUUGUUACCAAAGGUAUUACAAGAACAAUUAUCAAGCAAAUGGGGUAACGCAAGUGGAUGUACAAACCAUAUUAGUGUUUAUCAGCAUUUGGUCACAAACUAGAAAUCCCCUAUUGAGUUAUGGCUCACAUUGUGCUUGAUAUGCUUGAAAAUAAAAUGAUGCUAAUCAGGUUUUUUUAAAGACUCGUCACAAAUUUUGGAAAUUUGCAAAAUUAAAGGAAAAUAGACUAAUAGAUGACAAUAUUUCGUUUGAUCCAAGGUUGACGAUCAGCUUUUUUCCUGAAGGGUAGCACCCCCUUUUAUUGAUCAUUUAUUAAAAAGAUUUGUGUAAAGUGCCUGCUGCCCAAAUUAUUUUUUUAUGUUUGCAACCUUUAAAUGUGUCUUCUAACCAAAGGCAAGGAUAAUGUCUCUUCACCCAUUUAGAAAUGUCCAUCCCCUCACUUAUCUGGCAGAUAGUACAUGGCAGUUUGUUAUGCUCCAUGAGGUCAUAAAUAGAAUAAUUUCGGUCUCUUUUUGGUGUGCCACUUUAUUCCAACUUUUCGAGUGACAAAAUGCUUAACAAUGAGGCGAACUCGAAUGUUCCAGCAUUAAAUUAGUUUGUUAAUGAAUGUUGUCCAGAGAGUUUAUUUAGCAGAGGUGGGCCACUUCUAUUAAAAUAAAUGGGAGAAAUAAGAACGCCCAACCAAUGAGGCAGGAGCUAUGAAUGCCCAAAGGUCAACGUAUGCAGAAAGGAAGUCCCGCCUUACUCGUAAAAGAGCCAAUCACCUUUUAGAUACUGAUAUCACCUGCCAAUCAACUCGAGAACGAGCAUUAGCUACUAAAGCUGGGAAAAUGAUGUUGUCUUUAGCGUAAUAUGAGGUAAAGAAGUGCAAUUUAUGAUACCAGUUUUGUCAGAUUUUAUUGCUGAAUUAAAGUAUGCUCUUGGAUCGUAAUCUUGACCCACAGUUUUUGAAAUUUCGGUGUUUCCCCCACUCAAGUAGAUAGGAAAGUCACAUUCAUGACUGGAAAUAGCCUCCCGGGAGCGUUCCAAAAAUGGCCGACAGUGGACUGACUUGCUAGAAAGCCUUUCGCUGUAGUCAUUCCACUUUUGUGCACCAUUGAGACACAUCCAGCAGAUGGCGCUACUGCAUUGACGCUUAACAAGCCUUCAAACAAAAUACGUCACUUGCACACGUCACGCACGCUGUGAGUGUUUGAACGCGGCGGCGCCAAGGCGUGAAAUUUGAUGGUUCAGUACAGUAUCAUCAACGUUUUCAUGUGUACAUAUCUAAUGAUAACAAAAAAAAUAAUGAAUGCGCCCAUAAUUUGCGCUUGACGCGUUAUACAUCUGUUACUAUUUCUCACAGAGCAGACAUGACAGCCACGGCAUGGAAAGGCUUGUUCAGCGUUGGAGAGGAGUUUGAUGAUGAGGAUUUGCUUGAAGCUGAUUGGACGUGUCCAUCAGAGCCCUCUUCUGCUUCCACUUCUGCUGCAGCCCCAUCAUCUUCCUUAAGAACAUCAUCUGAAAAAUCCACCCUUGUUCAACAAAGCUCUGUUAGCUCAUCUUCUGGCCCUGAGAAAAGUACUUUAGGAUCUGGUUAUGUAGCACCUCUGUGUACCCCAACAUGCAUCCCUUUAAAAGCCUUAAGAGACCAACCCAUCCCUAGCCAUCAAUCACUCUCUUCUUCUGUUCCUUCCCUUCGGGCACCUGCGUCAUCUCUGCAUCCCUCCUCUAACCAGAUACACCCUGCUCCCCCAGCAUCUCUCAGUGUCCUGCAGAGAGACCCCCUUCCUCAGGAUGACUUUGAUGAUUGGGACGUGGAUUUUGAGGAACUGGAUGAAAGAAUCCCUCCAAAAGUUUCUCAGCCACAGAAGAAUCCAGAUUUUCAUCCAUCACUGGACAGAAUUUCACCAGCCAAACGAAUGAGACCAUCAGCAUCUAGUGGAGCAGCCUCGGUGGCAGCAGUUGCACGACUCUUGAGUCCAAGUCUCAUGCGUGCCCCAACUACACCAGUUUCGCGAUUCCCCAGACCUGUGACUCCUAGGCCACCAGUUGUGUCGUCUCAAGGGCGGACCGGUCUUCCGACGCCAAGAACCCCUCUGCAGUCCCGGGGGUCUCUUUUCCAUGCAGUGUCUUCAACUCCCAAUCCCUCUCCUACACUUACACCUCGUCCCCUCAGCACACCCAUCCUGACCAAUCACUUGGUCCAGCUGGUGUCUGCAGCCAACAAGACACCUCAGAGACCACAAAGUGGUAUGAUGCGAACCAAAGCUCGCCGUUUCCCCGGCCCAGCAGGAGCACUACCACAACAGGUCAGUGCACAGAGUCUUGAUGACAUUGUUGUGUCAGUUCCUCAGACACCUGCACAUGGAGCUGUUGCUCGCCUGCGAUGUGAGGUCUCAAACUCUCAGGUGAGCGAGGAAGAGGAGUUCAGUAGUGGUCCGUGGACAGUGAUGAAGUCUGAAAUGGGAUUGAAUGAGAAGAACCCUUCUUGUUUCCUGAACUCUCACAGCAUUGUCAUGGUGCUACGCAAGGCUGCUCUCAGGCAGUUGGCUAAGAAUAAGGUCCCUAACAUGGCUGUUGUCUUGAAGAGCAUAACACACACACAUGCAGAUGCGAAGGCCGUCUUUAGAGACCCCACAGGUGAGAUGCAGGGCACUGUUCAUCGUCGCCUGGUGGAAGACAGACAGGGAGAGCUUAAGACAGGAGCUGUGUUACUACUCAAACAAGUCGGCGUGUUUUCACCAACACAUCGAAAUCACUACCUGAACGUCACACCUAAUAACCUUCUCAGGAUAUACUCACCUGAUGGAGUUCUGCAUAACUCUCAGCUAUCCCAUCCUCCGCUGGAGCUUGCGUUGCCCACCAAGCCUUCAGGGGGCCCUGUCUCUCAAAUGGAGCUACACUUUGAUGAUGAAGAUGAUGAUGAAAAUACAGUUCAGAAAAGUGUGGCUGCUGCUGGUUUACAUCACACUUCAGAGGUCUCUAAUGAGCUCUGUCAAGCACCUACGGGGUCUGGGCUAACCGUGGACACAGCAUGGGAAACAGAUGAUCUUGAUGAGCUGCUCGGGGAGUUACCUGUGGAGUCAUAUGGAGUACAUUAAUCCACAUGCUCACUUUAAAUAUAUUGUUUGCAGUAGACCAUGCCUGAUUUUAAUAGAUUCUAUGACCAUACCUACUAUUAAAAACAACAUGGCAAAACAACAACACCCACUAACUAAUGACCUCAUUACUUUUGUUCAGGUUUUGU